AUGCUUGAAAGAGUUGACAUGGGCAUGACGACCAAAUCAUCCAUCACCAUGUACAUCACCACCCCCUUCACAAACCCCCCCUUCCAAACCAGACGACACACUUUUCACAACAGGUGGGGCCACGAGAGGAACACUCAAACUGGAGAAUGGGUAAGCGGGUUUCAAAAGUGUGUCUUUGGUCUGGUUGGGCUGCAUGUAGGACUCGUUCAGGUUUUCUAUGCUGUCGUAGAGAUUCCCCAGCGAGCCAACCAUUCCUUGUUUGCCCAUCAGGUUGAUGAUAUUGGCCACAGGCAAAGAGAGUAUGUAGAAGAGAAAAUCGACCGAGUCCUUGCCGGCCUCAGCGAACAGGACGCGUUUGGCUUUGGUGUCGAUGAGGAGCUUCAUGCUUACAGAGGAUUUCGCCAUUUAUAUUUGUUCGUUUCGGGAUGA